AUGCCGGCCAAAGAGAAAACGAAAAAGAGCGAGAAAGUGAAGGAGAAGGUGACUAAGUCAGUCGCCAAGACGACGGCAGCCGCCCCGCAGACCAGCCCUAAGAUCACAGACAGCUUCGCGGCUCCAAUCAAUUUCUACUCCGCUAUACUGAGCCGAAAUGAGGCAGUGAAAGACGCCAAACGGCUGAAGAAUUUUCUGGAACUCCGUGACAAGUAUGUACGCAAGAAGGUGCUGUUUCAAGACCCUCUGUUUCCCGCCAACGACUCGUCACUCUUCUACAGUCGCACGUUCCCGCUCAAUUUCGAAUGGAAACGCCCAUCGGAAAUCUGCGAUAAUCCCAAGUUUAUCAUCGGAGGCGCGAACAGGACAGAUAUUUGCCAGGGAGACCUGGGUGACUGCUGGCUGCUUGCUGCCAUCGCCUGUUUGACGCUGAAUGAGAAGCUAUUGUACAGGGUCGUGCCCCCGGAGCAGAGCUUCACCGAGAAUUACGCCGGCAUUUUCCACUUCCAGUUCUGGCGUUACGGCCAGUGGGAGGACGUGAUCAUCGAUGACCGCCUUCCCACAUUCAACAACCAGCUGGUCUUCACCAGGUCCGGCCACAAGAAUGAGUUCUGGAGUGCUCUCUUGGAGAAGGCCUACGCCAAGUUACACGGUUCUUACGAGGCUCUUAAGGGAGGGAACACCCUGGAGGCCAUGGAGGAUUUCACCGGAGGAGUCACGGAGUUUUACGAGAUCUCAGAGGCACCAAAGGAGAUGUACCAGAUCAUGAGGAAGGCCCUGGAGAGAGGGUCCCUCAUGGGCUGCUCCAUAGACGCUGUGGUACCCAGCGCUCAGGAGACAAAGACGGCCACUGGCCUGGUCAGAGGCCACGCCUACUCUGUAACGGCCAUCGAACAGGGUAGCAGAAAGGACUGUAAGGACAUGAAGGUUUGUCUGGUGCGUCUCCGUGACCCGUGGGGCGUGGCCCCCUCCCCCUCGUGCAGGUCGAACGAGUGGACCGACCUGGCUACCUCAGAAGAGCAUAAACAGAAACUUCAGCCCAUUCAGGAAGGAGAAUUCUGGAUGUCAUACGAGAACUUCCAGGAGAACUUCACUAAGCUGGAGAUCUGUAACCUGACCCCAGACACGCUGCAGGACGAUAAGAUGCUCAAAUGGAACGUGUCCGUGAGCGAGGGCCGCUGGGUCCGCGGGUGUUCCGCCGGGGGCUGCCGAAACUACCCCGACACGUACUGGACCAACCCUCAGUUCCGUCUGCGUCUGCUGGAGGAAGACGACGAGCCCGUGGACGGCGAGAAGAAGUGCACGGUGGUGAUCGCGCUCAUGCAGAAGGGGAGGAGGAAGGAACGAAAGUUGGGCGCCCGACUCUUCACCAUAGGAUUCGCCAUCUACGAGGUCCCAGAGGAGAUGCGCGGUAACAAAAAGCACCUGCCGAAGGACUUCUUCCUGUACAACGCCUCAGUCGCGCGCUGUAAGAAUUACAUCAAUCUGCGCGAGGUCACCGAGCGCCUCUGCCUGAGCCCGGGGGAAUAUGUCAUUGUGCCCUCCACCUUUGACCCCCACAAAGAGUGUGAAUUUAUCCUCAGGGUUUUCUCCGAAAAGAAGACCACCUCCGAGGUGGUUGACACGGUGAUAAAAGCAGAGCAGGGUGAGGAGACUGAGGAGGAGAAACAGUUCAGGGCCAUCUUCCAGCAGAUCGCUGGCGACGAUAUGGAAAUGAAUGCUAAUGAACUGAAGAGUGUUCUGAGUAACGUGAUUGCUAAACAUAAGGAUUUGAAAACAGAAGGCUUUAGUCUGGAGAGCUGUAGAAGUAUGAUUGCCUUGAUGGAUGUAUCCUUCAUUGACGGAUCAGGAAAGAUAAACCUCGAGGAGUUUAAACAUUUAUGGAACAAAAUCAAACAGUGGCAGUUGAUCUUCAUGCGCUACGACACAGACAAGUCCAGCACCAUCAGUAGCUUUGACAUGAAGAGUGCCGUCACUGAUGCAGGAUUUCAUCUAAAUAUUGAGUUACACAACAUCAUAGCCAUGCGCUAUGCUAACGAGCACCUGCAGAUGGAUUUUGACAGCUACAUCUGUUGCCUCGUGCGUCUGGAGGGCAUGUUCAGGGCAUUCAAGGCUUUUGACAAAGACGGAGACGGUAUUAUCAGGCUAACCAUCCCAGAGUGGCUUCAGCUGACGAUGUACGCAUAG